AUGCCGAGUGGAUCAGUGAAGCUGCACAGCAUUAAAAAGCUGGGACAGGAAAACCACAGCUAUGAGUUUUCAGAUGAAGAACCAGCUGGCUCCUAUUUGACAAUGACAACUUCCAAGGAGGACGAGAAAGGGAAGGGAAAUGCUGAGCAACCAGCAAUCAGGGUCGGCUUCUUUCAACUGUUCCGCUUUGCCACAUGCAACGAUGUGCUCAAGAUGGUGUUCGGCAGUGUGUGUGCGAUCCUGCACGGCUCUGCCCAGCCCCUCAUGCUGCUGGUGUUCGGCCUGCUCACCGACACCUUCAUCGAGUACGACAUCGAGCUGAACGAGCUGAAGGACGACAGGAAGGAGUGUGUGAACAACACCAUCCAGUGGAAGAGGAACUACACUGAAGCGUUCGGCCAGCCCUCGUCGCAGAACCUGUCGGGCUGGGGCCUCAUGAACAAUGCAACAUGGGAGAUGCUUGUACCUCUAACGUCUAGGUCAUGUGGGAUUCUCGACAUUGAAUAUGAAAUGACCCAGUUCGCCUUCUAUUAUGUGGGAAUUGGAGCAGCUGUGUUCGUGCUGGGAUACUUCCAGAUCUCCCUGUGGGUGACAUCAGCUGCCAAGCAGAUUCAGCUCAUCAGGAGGAUUUACUUCAGUAAAGUGAUGAGGAUGGAGAUCGGCUGGUUCGACUGCACCUCUGUAGGAGAGCUCAACACUCGCUUGUCAGAUGAUAUCAACAAGAUCAAUGACGCUAUUGCGGAUCAAGUUGCCAUUUUCCUGCAGCGUUUCACCACCUUUGUGUGCGGCUUCUGCAUUGGAUUUGUGAAAGGAUGGAAGCUAACACUCGUCAUUGUUGCAGCAAGUCCACUGAUCGGUCUUGGAGCCGGUCUCAUGGCUGUGUUUGUGGCUAAGCUAACAGGGAUGGAGCUGCAGGCGUAUGCCAAAGCUGGAGCCGUAGCUGACGAGGUGCUCUCCUCCAUCAGGACUGUGGCUGCUUUUGGUGGAGAGUUAAAAGAAGUGAAGAGGUACGACAGGAACUUGAUUUCUGCACAGCGCUUGGGCAUCAGGAAAGGUUUGUUUAUGGGCUUUUUCACUGGAUACAUGUGGCUGAUCAUCUUUCUGUGCUAUGGUCUGGCCUUCUGGUACGGAUCCAGUCUGGUGGUGGACACUGAGGAGUACACACCAGGAACUCUUCUGCAGGUGUUUUUCGGUGUUCUGAUAGCAGCUAUGAAUUUAGGCCAGGCCUCCCCUUGUCUGGAGGCAUUCGCUUCAGGCCGAGGAGCUGCGACCAUCAUCUUUGAGACUAUUGACAGAGAGCCGGAGAUUGAUUGUUUAUCUGAGGCGGGAUAUAAGCUCGACAGGGUCAAAGGAGAUAUUGAGUUCCACAAUGUGAGCUUCUACUACCCCUCCAGACCUGACGUCAAGAUCCUGGACCAGCUCAGUGUUGCAGUGAAGUCAGGAGAGACCACAGCCUUUGUGGGGCCAAGUGGAGCUGGAAAGAGUACGGCUAUUCAGCUCAUCCAACGCUUCUACGACCCUAAGGAGGGAAUGGUGACCCUGGACGGCCAUGACAUCAGAGGGCUGAACAUCCAAUGGCUGCGCUCGCUGAUAGGCAUAGUGGAGCAGGAACCGGUGCUGUUUGCCACCACCAUCGCUGAGAAUAUUCGCUACGGGCGACCCGGCGUCUCCAUGAAGGACAUAAUCGCUGCUACGAAGGAGGCCAACGCCUACAACUUCAUCAUGGACCUGCCACAGAAAUUCGACACCUUGGUGGGGGAGGGUGGAGGUCAGAUGAGCGGAGGGCAGAAGCAGCGUAUCGCCAUCGCGCGGGCUCUGGUCAGGAAUCCUCGUAUCCUGCUGCUGGACAUGGCGACCUCUGCCCUCGACAACGAGAGCGAGGCUGUAGUACAAGAAGCUUUGGAUAAAGUACGUCUGGGUCGCACCACCAUCUCUAUCGCUCACCGGCUGUCCACCAUAAAGAACGCUGACGUGAUUGUCGGCUUUGAGCACGGCCGAGCUGUAGAGAAGGGCAACCACAACGAGCUGCUGGAGAGGAAGGGGGUCUACUUCACUCUGGUCACCCUGCAGAGCCAAGGAGACAAAGCUCUGAACGACAAGGCUCGACAAAUGGCUAACAAGGAAGAAGAGUCAGAGAAGCUGAGUCUAUCCAGAGCAGGCAGCUACCGUGCCAGCUUGAGAGCUUCAAUCCGUCAAAGGUCUCGAUCGCAACUCUCAAACCUGAUCCCAGAAUCCUCUGUUGGCAUUGUCGGAGAGCUCGGCCCCCGUGCCUACUCCUUGUCACAGGCAGACAAAUCCAAGAAUGCUUUCCCAGAGGAGGAGGAGGAACUUAUAGAGCCCGCUCCGGUUGCCAGGAUCCUGAAGUACAACAUACCUGAGUGGCCCUACAUGCUCUUUGGGUCCUUUGGGGCGGCCAUCAACGGAGGCGUAAACCCCGUCUACUCGCUGCUGUUCAGUCAAAUCUUGGCGACAUUCUCAGUAACAGAUCCUGUGGUUCAGAGGAGGGAGAUUGAUGGUAUCUGCCUGUUCUUUGUCAUGGUUGGCGUGGUCUCUUUCUUCACUCAGAUGCUGCAGGGUUAUGCUUUCUCCAAGUCUGGAGAGCUUCUUACCCGCAGGUUACGGCGGCUCGGCUUCCACGCCAUGCUGGGCCAAGAGAUCGGCUGGUUUGACGAUCACAAGAACAGCCCGGGAGCUCUGACCACACGCCUGGCGACCGACGCCUCCCAAGUCCAAGGAGCAACAGGCUCGCAGAUUGGCAUGAUCGUCAACUCUCUGACCAACAUCGGCGUGGCCGUCAUCAUGUCCUUCUACUUCAGCUGGAAGCUAACGAUGCUUAUCCUGUGCUUCCUGCCGUUCAUCGCUCUGUCAGGUGGCUUUCAGGCUAAGAUGCUAACAGGGUUCGCUAAGGAGGAUAAGAUAGCCAUGGAGGCUGCAGGACAGAUUUCUGGUGAGGCGUUGAACAACAUCCGCACCAUCGCAGGCCUGGGGAAAGAGAGGAAUUUUGUUGAGUUGUACGAGGCCCAGCUCGAGUCUCCGUACAGAGCGGCCCUGAAGAAGGCAAAUGUGUACGGAGGGUGCUACGGUUUUUCCCAGUGUGUCGUCUUCCUCACAAACUCUGCCUCCUACAGGUUUGGAGGUUACCUGGUGCGGCAGGAGGGGCUUCAUUUCAGCUUGGUUUUCAGGGUGAUCUCAGCCAUUGUCACCAGCGGCACAGCCCUGGGCAGAGCCUCCUCUUACACACCCGACUACGCCAAAGCCAAGAUCUCAGCUGCACGCUUCUUCCAGCUGCUGGACCGUGUGCCUCAGAUCAGCGUCUACAGCGAUAAGGGAGAUAAAUGGGAUAACUUCAAGGGAAACCUCGACUUCAUCGACUGUAAUUUCACAUACCCCACCAGGCCAGACAUCCAGGUCCUGAACGGGCUGAAUGUGUCGGUGAAGCAGGGCCAGACGCUGGCCUUCGUGGGCAGCAGCGGCUGUGGGAAGAGCACCAGCGUGCAGCUGCUGGAGAGGUUUUAUGAUCCUGACCAUGGCAGAGUGUUGAUUGAUGGCCACGACUCGACUCGCGUCAACGUGCCCUUCCUGCGCUCCAAGAUUGGCAUCGUGUCCCAGGAGCCCAUCCUGUUCGACUGCAGCAUCGCAGAGAAUAUCAAGUACGGAGACAACAUGCGGGAGAUCGGCAUGAAUGAGGUCAUGUCGGCCGCCAAGAAGGCCCAACUCCACGACUUUGUGAUGUCACUUCCCGAGAAAUACGACACAAAUGUCGGCGCCCAGGGUUCUCAGCUGUCCCGAGGCCAGAAGCAGCGCAUCGCCAUCGCCCGAGCGAUCAUACGCGACCCCAAGAUCCUGCUCCUGGACGAGGCCACCUCCGCCCUGGACACGGAAAGCGAGAAGACGGUUCAAGAGGCCCUGGACAAAGCCAGAGAGGGUCGGACCUGCAUCGUCAUCGCCCACCGCCUGUCCACCAUCCAGAACUCGGACAUGAUCGCCGUCAUGUCCAGGGGUUUCCUGAUGGAGAAGGGGACGCACGACCAGCUCAUGGCCCUGAAGGGAGCUUACUACAAGCUGGUUACCACGGGAGCACCAAUCAGCUAAGCGCUCAGGGAAAUAAGCAGACGAUCAGAAAGGCAGCCAAGGGCAACAGAUGUAAGGAUCAGUGUUAUUGUGAUGCAAGGACACAGAGCAGGAGAGAGUUACAGUAUUUAUUUUCCUGUCACAGUAGAGGUCACACACCUGAAUUGGAGGGAUUUUUUUAAGGAAUUACAUAAUGUCUUUUUUAUUAUGUUUGUUUAGUUUGAUGGCAGGAAUGCGGUGAUAUAACAAUACGUACUGUGAUACAGGAGUUACAAGUGAUUAACUCUAAAAUAUGUCUUUUAUAUUUUAAGUAAUGCGUGUAGGCUUUUCAUCAGAAAUCAAUGGAGUAAAGUAUCGCAAUACAUUAAAUUGUACUCGGAAGUAUCAGGGGUUUUUUUUAACUAAAGUUGCAGAAGCUAGUCCCAAAGUGUCCACCAUCUGAAACAACACUAUUCAAACAAACCUAGCAGUAUUCUGGGUUUACUGCAUCCCACAAUGCAUUGCAGUCUACAGAGCCAAACCAGUCAUUAAUGAGGUAACAUGCAUCACCAUACCUGACUAUUAUUCAUACGAGUCAGGUCCCGUGCACUUGUAGCGACUUCUCAACAGAUGGUUCUUACUUUCUUACAGCUCGCCCGUACUGUUAUGUUGUAAAUAUAGAAAAUCUACUCUUUAUUAUCGAAGUCAUAUGAAUUAUAUACAAACAUAAUGACAUUAUUAAUGACAAGUGUUUUUUACUGAAUGGAGUCUGUCCUUUAAGCUCUGUUCAACAUUUCUGGAAAUAAGCCUUUUUGCUUUCUUAAUGGUUAUAAAAGAAGAACGUCACCUUCAUGUCUGUAUGCUAAAUAUAAAGCUAGCAGACGGUUAGCUUAGCAUAAAGAUGCAAAAAUCAUGGGGCUGUUCAGAGGUUAAAGAAUUCCAGAAAUCCCUUAAGCGAUUAUAUUUCAAGACAGUUAACAUAUCUGAGUACAUUAUUUUUAUGCUCAUGUGUAUAGCGUAAACUAAGCUAAAGAUGAAGUGACGCAUUUAACAUUAGAAUCUAAACAAGAUUAAUGGAUAAAAGUAUUAUUCUUGAAUGGCUAGCACUUUUGUUACACAGGACUGUUCCUCCUGUGUGUAGACAAUAAUAAUUGUAUUCCUCUUCCCAAAUCCUGAAUAUGUUUGACUGUAAUUUUGUAUGUAUGCUUUUAU